CGAGGUUAUGUCAUCAUCACUCACUCGGGGCGUGAAGUGGGAGAAAGUUUUAUUAUAAUUACAUUUUUUUAUAUUAUACAUAAUGUUACUAUCUGUCAUGUGUACGUGUCCCUCAACAAUAGAUUGCAAUAUGUGAAAAGUGUGCAAAUAAGUAAACGAAGGGAAAUAACUGUUUUUUUAUACAAUUGUCAAACUCCGCAGAAGAAAUAUUGUGUGUGACAUAUCGAGGAUGCAAUGCCCGCACGUCGUCGUCGUGGACCUUCAGAAUCAGGGGAUGACCUUGUAAUUACAACCAAUAGUUUUGUUAAUAAUCAUUAUCAACAACAACAACGGCCCUUUCAAUCAACAACAAAUCAACAUUACAAUGUUGAGAAGCCAACUUUUGAGAAAAUAGAAGAAGAUUUAUUGAAACAACGAUUACCAAUAAUAAUUACAAUGACAGCUCGCGAUCGUACCAAUGAAUUUGCUAAUGCAAUUCGGAGUAUACAAAGCAGAACAGUGGCAAGAGCUGCUGUCAGUCGUACACCACGACAUGCAAAACAAAUACAAAGUUAUUCCGAAUUUAUGAUGACUGCAAAGAAUAUUGGCAAAAAUAUUGCCAGUACAUAUUCAAAGUUGGAGAAACUCGCUAUGUUGGCAAAACGAAAGUCUAUUUUCGACGACAGACAAAUGGAAAUCGAAGAAUUGACGACUAUUAUAAAAAUGGACUUGAAUAGUUUAAAUAAGCAAAUAGCAAAACUUCAAGAUUUAGGAAGACAACAGCGUGAAUCAUUUGGAUCAUCAAAGAAAAAUCACAUUGCCUCACAUUCCUCUUCAGUUGUUGUAAAUUUACAGUCAAAAUUAGCAAACAUGUCGAAUACUUUCAAGAAUGUCCUCGAAGUUCGAUCAGAAAAAAUGAGAGAGGAGCAAAAUAGAAGGGAACAAUUUACCCAGGGACAUGUAUCCACAAUGCUCCCUCCAAGUAUUGUUUCUGGUAAACAGGGUUCCUUGUUACUUCAGGAACAAGAUUCCAGUGCUUCCGUUAGUAUAGAUCUUGAACCCGCAAUGAAUCAGCUUUCAAUCCAAAGAAAUGCUUAUGAUCAUACGGAUUCGUAUGUUCAAGCUCGAGCUGAAACUAUGCAAAAUAUUGAAUCAACAAUAGUUGAACUCGGAGGAAUUUUCCAACAGUUGGCUCAUAUGGUUAAAGAGCAAGAAGAAAUGGUUGAAAGGAUAGACAGUAAUAUAGAGCACACGGAAUUGAAUGUUGAAGCAGCUCAUGCCGAAAUUCUGAAAUACUUUCAAUCAGUAACUGGCAAUCGUUGGCUAAUGAUUAAGAUUUUUGCAGUCUUGAUAUUUUUCUUUAUAUUCUUUGUAGUAUUUUUAGCUUAGAAUUAUUUUUCAGGUGAAAAGAAGAGAAGAAUUAUUAUAAAUAAAUAAUAACUGUUUAUAUUAUUCACUCAUUAUAUUUUGCAACGCAAUUUUAUUUUUUUUUUAACUUCUAAAGAAAAAAAGUGCUAUUGCAAUGAUGAGUGAUUUUAUAUUAUAUUAAAAAAAACGAAAAAAAAUGCAAUUGUCACGAAUUAUAAAUAUUGUAAUAUUUGUAUCGCAUUCCUCUUUUAAUCAAUAAUUUUCGAUUCGAUUUCCUGCGUCGACUUUGUACAAUAAAUCUUUGUUUUUAAUUUUUAAAAAAAGAAGCAUUUUUGAACGCAGAAGAGCGAAUCUGAAUAAACGCCCGCAUUCUCUCCAAUCUCUCCAAAAGAGAAGAGAAAAAAAUUGUAAAAAUGCAGAUAAUAAAAAUAUAUAUAUAUAAUUUUUAAA